CUCAAAUAAAUUAUUGUAUUAGUUUUGCUAAGAAAUAAUCAUGAAGUACGGUUGUAUUAUCUUCUUCUGCUUUCUAGCAGUGACAUUCGCCAACGACACAAAGGAAGAGAUCAAGAAAAGUCACGAAUCUUGCCAAAACGACCCAGCCACUAAGCUCAAAGACGACACCCUUGACAAUCUCAGAAAAGGUAAACCAGUAGAUGAUCCCAAUCUUCCCAAACACACCCUCUGUAUGAACGUUGUACUUGGAAUCCAAAAAGAAAAUGGUGAUAUAGACAAAGACGCACUUAAAAAAGAUCUUGAAAAAGAAAUAAACGAUGCUAAUAAAGUCAGCAAGAUCUUAGAUGCUUGUGGAACAAGAGCAGCUGGCAACACGGCUACGGAAGCUGCUACAGCUUUGUCCAUAUGCCUUCACAAGCAUUUGGGCCAUGAAGGACACCACGAUCAUCAUGAUUCCCACGACCAACAUCAUCAUUAGUUUAUUGUAAUAAGAUAUAAAUAAACCCUAUUUUUAAG